AUGAGCAAACUUACGUGGUACAACAUCGCUAUCUGUCUGGUCGUCUCCUGGGGAGGCUACAGCUAUGGCUUCGGUUUUGCCAUAUUUGUCACCAGCAUAGGGCAGCCUUCCUUCUACGAGUAUUUCGAUCUUGACCGCAAGUUUUAUCAGCCCUUACUCCUCAUCAUCCUAGGAGCAAUCAAUGCUCUCUUCAACUUCGGAUUGGCAAUCGGCGCUCUGGCUCAAGGUUGGCUCGUCGAUGUCAUUGGGAGAAAGAAAGCCUUCAUGAUCGCUGCUAUAUCCUCGUUGAUCGGAGCUGCCCUGAUCACUGGCUCCGUCGCAAUCGGUAUGCUCAUCACUGUUCGUUUGCUGCAUGGUUUCGGUCUCGGCAUGCUCAUUUGCCUUGUUCCCCUCUACUUGACGGAGGUUGCACCUCCUCGUCAUCGAGGCUUGCUCAGUGGGCUCACAACGCUGAGCUUCGGGAUGGGAUAUGUUGUGUGCGCAUGGAUCUCUAUCGGAACUUACUAUGCAAAAACCUUUAAUGUCCAAGUGAGAGUGCCUUUGGCACUUGCCUGUGUUGGGCCAGUGGCCCUUCUCCUGGGCCUGCCCUUCAUCCCAGAGUCCCCCCGAUACCUUUGCCUAAAGAACAGAGCCGGCGAAGCAUGGGAAGUGCUUCAAAAGAUCCAUCACGAUCCCGGCGAUGAAGCGGAUUCGGCAGCACACGCCGAAUACAUACAGAUCGUGAGACAGGUGGAAUUCGACAAGGAGCAAAAAGCUGGAUACGUUGAAAUGUUUAGAAAACCUUCGUGGCGGCACAGAAGCUUGCUCACGUUAUUCAUUCAGUUCGCGGCCCAAUCCACUGGCGCAAUGGCGUCAUGCCAUUGCUCCUAUAUGGUUGAAACUAUUACCACGAAGCUGCGCAAAGAAUCUGAGCUGACUCUUGGAAUAGCGGUCUAUACCACGAUUGGUACCACUUGUGUCGCGAUCGCCAUCUUUACUGUCGAUAGAGUCGGUCGUCGAACAAUGUUCCUCAUCGGGUUCCCAGCGCUAGCCGUCUGCCUCCUCCUCGAAGGCAUCCUCCAAUGGCAAUAUCUCGGCACGGACAACAAAGGGGGGCUGGCAGGCUGUGUGUUGAUCAUCUAUGUCUACAUCGUCAUGUUCCAGUGCGUCGAUGGUCCGUCGUUCAUCUGGAUGUCCGAAAUCUUUCCGACAAACAUUCGAGGUAGAGGGAUUGGACUGGGUUUCUUUUCGUACUUUGUGGGUGCGAUUACAUACACCACGCCCUCAGCGCUGGCGUUUAAGAACAUAAAAUACCGCAUGUACUUCCUCUACAUGGGACUCUGCCUCAUCUCCACCGUCAUCGUGUACUUUUACAUACCAGAGACGAAGCAGAUCCCCGUGGAGGAGAUCGGGGCGCUGUUUGGCGACGAGGUCAUCGUGCAUCUGACCGAGGACGGACAUGGGAUUGUCGAGGAACAAAUGGAGCUGAAGAAGAUUGCGGGCGAAGACGUCAACGUCACGGAGGUGGUGCACACUGAGAAAGUGUAG